UGAACAUGCCGUCACCCCCGCGCCUAGUCACUCAGCUGUUUGUGGGGGUCUGUGUGGUGCAGGAGUGGAUAGGUCCUGUUUCCUGUCCACCAAAAUGGAUUCCUCAGCUUUGUGAGGGUCCUGUCUAUAAAUACCCGUGACUUACAGAGUGACUGACAGUCACAGACAGCUGCAGCCAGCAGCCGACCAACCCGUGGAGACGAUCCACAGCCAUCUGAGCAGCCCUGUGAGAGGCUGACAGUCCUGCUCUGUCGUGGGGAGUAAGUAGGGUGCCCACCAAACCCAACCAGGACCAGGCGACAGAACAAAAUGGCUGCCCUGACUAUAGACCCGGUGGAGCAGCCUCGGAUGUACCAACAGACCCUCCUUCAGGACGGACUGUGCGACCUGUUGGAGAAUGACAAGUUUGUGGAUUGCGUCCUUAAAAUCCAGGACAAGGAGUUCCCAUGUCACCGCUUGGUUCUGGCAGCCAGCAGUCCUUUCUUCAAGGCCAUGUUCCUGUCUGACCUGGAAGAGAGCAAGAGGCGUGAGAUUGUCCUCAAAGAUGUGGAUCCAAGUGUUAUGGGGAUGAUCCUGCGCUACUUAUACACCUCUGAAAUUAAUCUGACGGAGCAGAACGUCCAGGAUAUCUUCAUGGUUGCUAACAUGUACCAGAUCCCCUCCAUCUUCUCCGUGUGCGUGUCCUACCUCCAAGAGAAGCUGGUGCUGGGAAACUGCCUGGCUAUCUUCAGACUCGGGCUGCUGCUGGAUUGUCCCAGGCUCACGCUGGCUGCUAGAGAGUUCAUCUGCGAACGCUACCAGGUUGUUGUCAGGGACCAGGACUUCCUGCAGCUGGGCCCAAGUGAGCUGGCCAUUAUCAUCACGUCAGAUUCCCUCAAUGUUGAGCAGGAGCAGUUGGUGUUUGAAUCCCUGAUGGACUGGGUCAGACAUGACGAGAAAAACCGGGUUAAGGACCUGCCAGAACUUUUGCACUGCAUCCGCUUUAGGCUGAUACCUUUGGAUUACUUCAAAGAAAAAGUGGAGCGGCACCAGUACAUCCGGUUCAGCCAGGAGCUCAAGAAGGAGCUGGAACUCGUCAAGGAUGCUCACAGAGGGCGUCUCCCAAAGCCCAAGAAGCCCAGCAGCGACGGGGCAAAGGGAGGCGAAGGAAGUGAAGACGAGGAGGAUGAUGAUGAGGAAUUGUACCUGCCGGGUAUACUCAACAACAACCCGCGCUUUGGGAUGUUUGAGAUGGACCUGAUACUUAUGAUCAGUGACACGGGGACUGUGGCCUACGAGCCAGCAGGAAACGAAUGCUUUGUGGUGUCAGAAUCCACAGAAAUUCCCAAAAACCACUGCAGCCUGGUCACCAAGCAGAACCAGGUGUUUGUUGUCGGAGGACUUCUCUACAACGAGGAGGAUAAAGACGAGCCAUUCAGUUCCUACUUCCUACAGUUUGACCCAGUCAGCUCAGAGUGGUUAGGGAUGCCCGCACAGCCCACCCCUCGCUGUCUGUUUGGGCUGGCAGACGUCGAGAACUCCAUCUUUGUUGUGGGAGGGAAGGAACUGAAGGAAGGCGAGCACGCCCUGGAUUCAGUCAUGAUCUACGACAGACAGUCAUUCAAAUGGGGGGAAUCGGACCCUCUGCCUUAUGAAGUAUAUGGCCACGGGACUGUAUCACACAAAGGUCUCGUCUAUGUUAUCGGAGGAAAGUCUGGGAGCAAGAAAUGCAUGAGAAGAGUCUGCGUCUAUAAUCCUACUAAGUUUGAGUGGAAGGACCUGGCUCCUCUGAAGACGGCCCGCUCCCUGUUUGGUGUCACCGUUCACAAAGACCAGAUUUACGUGGUGACGGGGGUCACAGACGAAGGCCUCACCAGCUCUGUUGAGGUCUAUGACAUUGCCACCAACAAGUGGUCGGAGUUCACAGAGUUCCCUCAGGAGCGCAGCUCCCUUAAUCUCCUCUCUUUGGGAGGCUUCCUGUACGCUGUGGGGGGCUUUGCCAUGAUGCCCAGUGAGACCAGUGAAGAGCCAGUCCCAACAGAGAUGACUGACAUCUGGAGGUAUGAGGAGGCAGAGAAAUGCUGGAACGGGAUUUUGCGAGAGAUCAGCUAUGCAGAGGGAUCCACUGUUCUCCCAGUGCGUCUCAACACUCUGCGUCUCACCAAGUUAUAACUGAGUUGAACUGCCACGUGGUUACUGAUGGAACAUUAGCAUUGAAGUGAAUGAGUGUACUCAUUAUGGACAUCGGCCCAAAAUCAGCUAAGGGUCCAUAAUGUUAGGGUAACAAUUGAAUUUGAUUUUGUGUUAUGAAAUCAGCAUUAAAUUGUUUUAUCUAGUGUUUUACAGCAGGGGGAGACAGAUACAUGCUAAGGCUAAAUAGGGCUGCAGGAAAUGGGCAAAUUAUCAUAUCACACCAAAUUUCUUUUAUAAAAAGCUGAAAUGUUGAUUUGUACAUCUGUUUUUAUUAU